GAAAACUAACUUUAAGUUAGUGUGCAAAUUCCAAAAAUAAAAGUACCUGCUGGCACCUGAUCAGCUCCUCCACUGAUGGAUGGUGGCGCGUCAAAGGGGGAACUCGUGCUUUAAAAGGCAGCGCAGGGGGAGCGCACGCGGGCGAGCAGGGAGUGUCCUUCAUCACACCACAGGGAAAGAGGGUCACACUUUACUCGCUGUCAGGAAGAGGCUCCCAGCAUCCCAACACCUCGGACUUCUCUUGAAGAAGAAACUUAUUUUUGUUUGCGGCGAAUUGGCUGGCGAUGCUUGACGCGCUCAUUACGCACUGAAGAAACAGCACGAGAGCGCCUUUCUUCCUCUUUAGUUUCUUUAUUUUUCUGCCUAACAGUCACAUGAAGCAACUUUUCGCCCGGACUCCAGGUUUUGUGGUGAGACUGUGUCCCUGCCAGCCGGAGUUGCUGCUGAAAACCUGCGCGGAAACAUGAAUGUGUCUCUCUUUAACGUGACUCAGGACGCGCUCUUUAACGGCAGUCAGACCCUCACCGACGCUCUGGCCACAUACUCGAGCAACAGCACGGACGACGUGGUGACCGGAGACGGCGGAGGCUCGCUGGUGCUCCUGCAGGAGGAGCGCAAACUCUUCGUCAUGCGCGUGGUGCAGAUCGCGGUUCUGUGCGUCCUGUCGCUCACCGUCAUGUUCGGCAUUUUCUUCCUCGGUUGCAACCUGAUGAUCAAAUCAGAGAGCAUGAUUAACUUCCUGGUGAAAGACCGGAGACCGUCCAAAGACGUGGAGACCGUCAUGGUGGGGCUCAGCUAGGGCGAUGGCACCAGACGCCGUGGAGAGACUGCGGGGAGAUCCAAAGUUCGUGUCUGCUCAAUGUGAUCGAAGACGCUCUCUUUGUGUCCCAGACACUAAAGAUAUGCAAACCUUCACGCUUCCUUCCAAGAAAUGACUACAGGCAAGUAGUCCAACGACCAAUGUUUGUGCGUAAAGCUUGUGCGUAAAGCUUGUGCGUAAAACCCGGGCAGUUGUUUACACGUCGAAUACUUUUGGAUGAAUUUGAUAUUGCCAACUUGAACAAAGUGACAACAACGUUUACAAGCUGUUACCUCAUGUUUUUUUUUUGUUCUUUAUUUUUGUAAAGUCUUUAGGAAUAUGCCCACGAGCAUGUUUGUGAGUUCUAGUUCCACGCCUGCCAGUCUGUGAAAGUGAUGGAUGUGUGGAUUUUCUCUCUACAAAGUAUUUUUCUUGGUCUCGUUUGGUAAAUUCACUCAGAGCGCCGAUGUUUUUGGUCGGCCUUUUUGAAGACAGAUUUAUGGAGUGCUUGUCGUCAUUUUUGGCAUGCUCGCGGAUCGACCUGUAAAGUGAUUUUUGACCCGUUUUGCACUUUUGAAAACCACCAAUGCUGCAUGAACUUUUUUGUACCAAAUUCUUGAAAACGUAGCAUGCAAUUAAAAUACUGAAAUGGACA